GUGGAAAAGGAAGAAAGCUGGCAGGAUGCCUCCCAGUAUUGCCUUUGUGCAGCCAGGGUAGGGUCUUGCUUGCCUCCUAGUUGCAGAACUUCUUGUGUGCUGCUAUUAUCUGCAAAACGGGCCUGUUUUAUCCAGGAUCUGCUUUUACUGUUGAUAGAUGUUCAGAUCGCCAUGUCUAUGUCUUGCUUACCUGUCCAGAAGCCACUACACAGCUAAUAAAGCAGUAUCUGUAUGUGACUUGUUUGCAGGUAAAUAACUUGUUUGCUAAAUUAUGUCUCACUUUGAGGCUCCAGCUGUAGCUCGAGACUACGUGUGGUGUUGCCUUUCCGCUUCUAUACAUACAGUUCCUUCCCAAACUGUGAGUGAAAGAGCUGCCCGUGUCACUCAUGGACAGGCUGUGCUGUUGGAGUGCCUCCUAAUGAGACUCCUUACCCCAGGCACUGCAGCUCCCAGCCUAAUGGCAGCUUUUCCACGGCUUGCUGCUGCUGUUCUUAACUGCAUAUGUUGUCAGCAGAUUGACUCUCCUGGCAGGUAAGCCUCAUCUUUUAAUUAUAUUUGCUCCCCUUUUGGCAGAGAUAACAGGAUGUUGUAGGGUUUGGCUGUGAGCUGGGUGUGAACAGUUCCUGCAUGCUGGCGUGGGAGCUCUGAGGAUGCAGUGGACAAGUGCACAGGAGAGAAAAUAGCAGUGCUGGGUUAAUGCCUUCAGGCAAACGCACUGUGUUCUGGCAGCCACUGCCUGGCAGGUGAUUUGCUGAGAGAAACGUGAUAGUAAAAUUCCUAUGAAGUUGGCUCUCUUGGUGCUGGCUCUGCUCUUUGCUCAAGUCCAACAAUCUGAGCAGUUGGAGGCAGCAGUUAUUGCCCUGCAAUUACUGUGAAAGUUCAAGGAGAUUUGCUCCCCAUCCUGUCUCCCUUCAUUGACAUCUCCCAGGCUUGAUGCUGAUGGGCACCUUAGGGAUGAUGCUGCCUGGCUCUCGCUGUGAUUGGCAAAUACUCAAAGCAUUCUGCUGUCAUAAGCAAAUAUUUAUGCUCUGAUGAAGGACUUCUGAUGGCAAAUGCAUCUUCUUUUUUAUUUCCAUCUAUGUCAAGGUUAUUUCUUUAAGCUCAGGGGAAGAGUUUAAAAACCAUGACAGAAAAGUCUUCUGUUUCACAAUUACCAAAUGUUGGAGUAGCUGUCAGCCUGCCCAGAGCUCCCGGAAGAACGGCACUCUUCAAAGGGCAGGGAUUUUUUGUGAGAGGUUUGUCCUCCUUGCAAAUUCACCACCCUUGAGGCAGAAUAACUCACAUGUCAUUGCCUUCUUCUAGCUAAAAAUCUAUGAAAGUGAGAACUACAACAGCUGCUGUAAGCUGGCCCAUUUAUUUUGGGACUCUGAAUAAUGUUUGAAGGCAGGAUGGUAAUAGCUCCUUCAGUAUUGCUGUCUGCAGAUCCCCAGUGGGAACACUGAGGCUGGGUGAGAGUUGUUGGUGCAAUGGAUAUCCUUUGCAGCUCUGUGCAGCUAAAACCCCAAGGGAUAGAUAUGUGGGAGCAUGGAGCAGGAUUCUGAAGGAUCCAGGAGUGUUCUUGAUGUGAGCCACUGAGGACAGUUUCCAUAAGAAGAUUAUUGACUUGGCUUUUGUGAGUCCCUUCCAACCUGGGUUAUCCUAUGAUUCUAUGACUUGUCACAACAUCUGACCAAACAGCAUUGUGGAGGUCGUUGUAUUAUGACAGGUCGAGGAAGGGAUGAAUAGCAGAAGUCUUGGAACUGUGUUCCCUGCCCUGAAGCAGAGGGGCUCUGUUCCCCUUUUUAUUUUUAGAGUCUUGUCAGUUUCUAAGCUUUGCUUACAGUAAGAGCUGACAGCCAGUUAGUCCACCCUGCCCUGCAAAUACAAGGCCACAUGUAUCACUUCCUACUGCCGACUGAACGUUUACAUAAGCAGCUUUGGCAAGUACACCUAUAGGAAGCAGUGCCUGGCUUUGCUCCUGCUGAGCCCUCACUAUUUCUACUGCGUGUUCUUUGCCCUUUAAAAUAUCUAUCCAGUAAUAUUACUCAUGGGUGCAAAAAGGUAAUCAAGGACAAAGGAAAUAUGCUGAGUAGAUUGUGUACCUGAUGCCUUCAUCAGGUGGGGAUGCUGUAGCCAGCUGAGGAAUGCAUGCAGGACGCAUGAAGCAUGUCUGGCUCGAGAUUGGUGUUUCUUUAACUGGGUGUUAAAGAGAGCAGGGCCAAUAAUGUGGUUUGGUUUUAGUUACUCUGGCUGCCAGGGGUAUCUGUGAACUUUGUAUUGUGCUGAUGAACUCUUAAGAGUUGUAGUUAAUGGUUAACUAAGUCCUGGACUGCUGUAGGUAGUCUCCUCGUGUAGGAGGCUAAUGCUGUGCCAGCAGCAUGGUGCACCUUGCACAGAGCAGGAAAGCAACCGCUAUGCUUUGAUGUAAAAAGCAGCAUGUUCUGUGCAUUGACAAGAACAAACCCAAGAAGGAGGAACCUGCAGUCUGCAGCUGUGCCAAGAGCCAGCUGCUCUGCAGGGUGAGACCAGGUGUGGUAUUUCGGCCGGGGGGUAGAGGUGUGCAACCUGGCUGCAGGGUUAGUGCAGCUCAGGGUUAUCACUGACCCAUGGCAAAAGCCCUCUGUGAGGUUCCAUGGAAUGUUCUAUUUUUGCUGGAACACGGUUGCCAGGCAGUGGCUGCAGUGAACAACAGAUCUCCUGCUGUCAGUUUGCUGUGCACGCUAGCGCUGGGGAAUGGCACCUCUGGAAGCCUUGGCCAGAAGUCCGCCCUCCUCCUGGAGCAGAUGAGGCUGCUUCCCCUACAGCUGGCUCUGCUUUGAGUCUGGAUCUGGCCCAAGAACAUCUGACAUUGGUGACAUUCGGCAAGAAAAAGGGAGAGGAGAUGAGCAGGAGAAGACACACGGGAUUGGGAAAUGACCCAACAAACAUCUACUGACUUUGGCAGACAGAGCUGGCCAUCGAUUGGGCACUUCCUUCAACGUCACGGGGCGGGUUUCCUUUCCAAGGAGGGUGUUUCCAUCCCCUGUGUCGUCUGUUUAGGCUAUAAAAGUCUGGACUCAGCAUCUGCAAUUCAAACACCAAAAUAGAGAUGAACGGAGAAAAGCAGGAGAGCUCCAGCGUGGAGGAAGGCAGGAAGGGGAGACUGACAGUUCCACUUGCGCUGGUAACGCUCAUCUCUGCCUUUGGAUCAUCCUUCCAGUAUGGCUACAACGUGUCCGUGAUCAACUCUCCAGCCCCGUACAUGCAAGACUUCUACAACCAAACCUACAUCAACAGGCAUGGAGUCCCCAUGGACGAGAGCUUCCAGACACUGCUGUGGUCCCUCACUGUGUCCAUGUAUCCCCUGGGUGGCUUCUUUGGGUCGCUCAUAGUGGGACCUCUGGUCAACAACUGUGGCCGAAAAGGCACCUUGCUGAUAAACAACCUCUUCUCCAUUGUUGCUGCAGUUCUUAUGGGAACCUCAGAGAUAGCAAAGACCUUUGAAGUAAUCAUCGUAUCCCGUGUUAUCAUGGGGAUAUAUGCUGGUCUGGCCUCCAACGUGGUUCCCAUGUUCCUGGGAGAAAUGUCCCCCAGAAAUCUCAGAGGUGCUAUUGGGAUAGUACCCCAGCUCUUCAUCACCCUCGGGAUCCUCGUAGCUCAGAUCCUUGGUCUUACCAGCAUUCUUGGGCAUGCUGAAGGCUGGCCCUUGCUCCUGGGGCUCACUGGGAUCCCAUCAGCAUUACAGCUCCUUACAUUGCCCUUUUUUCCUGAAAGUCCCAGAUAUCUACUGAUACAGAAAGGCAAUGAGGAUCAAGCACGACAAGCUCUGCAGCGUUUGAGAGGCUGGGAUGAUGUGGAUGAUGAGAUAGAAGAAAUGCGCCAAGAAGACAAGUCAGAAAAGGAAGAGGGACACCUCUCUGUGCUCACCCUGUGCACCUUCAGAGGCCUGCGCUGGCAGCUCAUCUCUAUUGUUGUCAUGAUGAUGGGACAGCAGCUUUCAGGGGUCAAUGGAGUCUUCUACUAUGCAGACAGAAUCUUCCUGUCAGCAGGUGUGGAGGCCAACAACGUUCAGUAUGUCACUGUGUCCAUAGGUGCCAUCAACGUUCUCAUGACUUUCCUUGCUGUUUUCAUUGUGGAGUCCUUGGGAAGGAGAAUCCUGCUGCUUGCUGGCUUUGGGUUGUGCUGUGGCUCCUGUGCAGUGUUGACUUUGGCCCUAAACCUCCAGAGUACUGUCUCAUGGAUGUCUUACCUCAGCAUAGUCUGUGUCAUCAUUUACAUCAUUGGACAUGCUAUUGGAGCCAGUCCAAUCCCCUUUGUGAUGAUCACUGAGAUGUUCCUGCAGUCGUCCCGGCCUGCUGCCUUCAUGGUGGGUGGCUCUGUGCACUGGCUCUGCAACUUCACUGUGGGACUCGUGUUCCUCUACCUGGAGGCUGGACUAGGGGCCUUCAGCUUCCUCAUCUUCUGUGGUAUAUGCCUCGCCACCAUGAUCUACAUCUUCUUCAUUGUACCUGAGACGAAGAACAAAACCUUUAUGGAAAUUAACAGGAUCAUGGCCAAGAGGAACAAGGUGGAGAUUCAGACAGAUGUAGAACAGAUGAUGGAUUUGCAGACUGUUCCAAGUGUGAAGGCAGACAAGCCAGAAGUUUUGGGCAGUGAUCUGUGACACAACCCAGUGCUUCGCCUGGCCCAGGUGUUUUCCAGGAUCUAUUCAGUGGAAGAAUAUGGCUCAAUUCUGACCUUCAUUCGGACUUUCUGCACAACUCCCACCGAAGUUUUCAAAUAAGCCUUUAUUCUGUCUUAAGGUUGUUCUCAUUCUGAGUAAUUAGUAGGACCACUCUGUUUUGUGGCAUGGUGACUUCAGUGGCAGAUUUCCCAUUCCUUGUAUUUGUCACUAGGAAGGGGCAAUGCCUGCCGUCAGCUCAGUUCCUGUGAUCAAGGAACUGAUGUCACAGUGUGGUGCGUGCCCCUUAUGUCCUGAGUGAACCAUCGCAGGUGACACGGAACAGCACCUGGGCUGGGUUUUGGUCAGUCGUGUGCAAGGAGUGCAUUGUACUCCUUCACCAUUCCUUGAACAUGAAUUUGAGGGUCCAACAUGUGUGAGGGCAGGCCUUUGGUGCUUGAUGUUCUGUGUGGAGAGUGUGUCAGAUGCACCAAGGUGCUCUGAUAGAUGUGUUCCUAGAGGCAUGUAUCCUGUCACCGGUACGAAGGACCAGAAGACUGGAAAUGCAUGUGACUUUAAUCUCACUCCCACCCUGCUCAUCAGAUGGACUCCUGGAAAGCUAACAGUUGCUGGUGAGUCCUUCCAGAGCCUUAUUCUUGAGCUUAGGAGUGUUCCAUUGGCCCUGUGCUUAUUGAUGGGCUGCUGAUACACAGUUGUUCCUGUGGCACUCCAGUCUUUGGAAAUAGCUCCUUUUGUUCCUUAGUGCUCACACAGAAGCUGCCAAAGAGUUUCAGCCCCUCUCCUAAUCCUUUAAUAGCCCCCAGAGGUACACUCUGUGUAUAUGAGCCAGGUGGAGAUCAUUCAUUCCCAGAGAUGUGUGAACUUGCUGCGUGCUGAGGUCAGGUUUGGGCAGAUUCCUGUGCAGUGGCCGUGUUUCCAAGCAUGUUCAGAUCUGCCUUUAAGCACCUUGGUGUGAGACACUAGGAAUAGUUUUCCAAAGAGUUAAUUUCUCAGGGACCUGGUUUCUUGAAAAAGUUCUCAGCUGGUCUAAAGGUUGGUCCUUGAGUGGUUUCUUCUGGUUGUGUCCCUAAGGGCACAGCUCCACCUGAAGGCUGAACCCGUUUGGAGGAGCCAAGACUGAAGAACUAGAUCUGACUCACCAGGGAAAUAAAAAUGCACACUGAUAAAUGGAGGAUUUAUUAAAGUAUUUAUUAGUGUGAAGGAUUAUAGGGCUAACUCAAUUAUUUAACAUGUGGAAAUAGUUAAUUGUGCAAUGUUGCUGCUCUCUGUUGGGGGAAAGAAGCAGAAUGGUUCAACAGCCUGGCAUGGACUUUGGUGAUAGCCCUUCGUGUGAUGUACUUCAACUUAGGAGAUGAGCUUCACGCAGACCCUCAAUCUUGUCUUGUGAUGUGCACCUGUUGGAAAUGAAGCUGCUCCCAUGCUCUGUCUCCAUCCACUGACAGCAAAGACUUGUCAUCAAGUGACUGUGUGGGAGCCGCACCGCUCUUUGCAUACACCUUCUUACGUGA